UCGUCGUCGUCGUCGUCCUCCCCGUCGGCCAGCCCGGCCCUGCUGCUGCUGCAGCUGCUGCUGCCGGCGCCGGGGGUGUGGGCGCGGGGCCUGUCCCGGGGGGCGCCUCCCCCGCAGCCCCCGCAGCCCCCGCACCCGCCCAGCCCGCACCCCCCGACCGCCCCGCCCCUGGCCAUCCUGGGCCUGAUGCCCCUCACCCGGGAGGCGGCCAAGGGCGGCGUGGGCCGCGGGGUCCUGCCCGCCGUGGAGCUGGCCCUCGAGCAGAUCCGCCAUCAGGCCUUCCUGCAUCCCUACGCCCUCGACCUCAGGCUCUACGACACCGAGUGCGACAAUGCGAAAGGCCUGAAAGCCUUCUACGAUGCAAUAAAAUAUGGACCCAAUCACCUGCUGGUCUUCGGAGGAGUUUGUCCCUCGGUCACAUCCAUCAUAGCUGAGUCUCUCAAAGGAUGGAAUCUGGUGCAGCUUUCAUUUGCAGCCACGACACCGGUGCUGGCCGAUAAGAAAAAAUAUCCUUAUUUCUUUCGGACUGUACCGUCAGACAAUGCAGUGAAUCCUGCGAUUUUGAAGUUACUAAAAUAUUAUCAGUGGAAGAGAGUGGGAACGCUGACGCAAGAUGUACAAAGGUUCUCUGAGGUGAGAAAUGACCUGACUGGAGUCCUGUACGGCGAAGAUAUAGAGAUUUCAGACACCGAAAGUUUCUCCAACGAUCCGUGUACCAGUGUCAAAAAGCUGAAGGGCAAUGAUGUCCGAAUAAUUCUUGGCCAAUUUGACCAGAAUAUGGCGGCUAAAGUAUUCUGCUGUGCGUAUGAGGAGAAUAUGUACGGCAGCAAGUAUCAGUGGAUCAUCCCGGGUUGGUACGAGUCUUCCUGGUGGGAGAUGGUCUAUUCUGAUAUCAACUCGUCUCACUGCCUCAGCAAAAACCUCUUGGCUGCCAUGGAGGGUUACAUCGGCGUGGAUUUUGAGCCGCUCAGUUCGAAAGAGAAUAAGACCAUUUCAGGAAAGACUCCCCAGCAAUAUGAGAAGGAAUACAACGACAAGCGUUCGGAUGUCGGGCCCAGUAAAUUCCACGGUUACGCCUAUGAUGGCAUCUGGGUGAUUGCAGAAACGCUCAAGAGAGCCAUGGAAAAUCUCCGCUCUAACAACAGGCACCAGAGAAUUCAGGAUUUCAACUAUUCCGACCACAAACUGGGCAAGAUUUUUCUGGACGCCAUGAACGAAACGAACUUCUUUGGUGUCACAGGUCAAGUUGUGUUCAGGAAUGGGGAGAGGAUGGGCACCAUCAAAUUUACCCAAUUUCAAGACAGAAGGGAAGUAAAAGUGGGAGAAUACAACGCGGUCGCCGACACAUUGGAAAUAAUCAAUGACACCAUCAAGUUUCAAGGUUCGGAGCCUCCCAAAGAUAAAACGAUCAUCCAGGAGGAGCUACGGAAGAUCUCCUUGCCCCUCUACAGUAUCCUGUCGGCUCUCACGGUCCUGGGGAUGGUCAUGGCCAGCGCUUUUCUCUUCUUCAACAUCAAAAACAGAAAUCAGAAGCUAAUAAAGAUGUCUAGUCCCUACAUGAACAACCUCAUUAUCCUCGGGGGAAUGCUAUCCUAUGCGUCGAUCUUUCUUUUUGGCCUAGAUGGAUCCUUUGUCUCUGACAAGACAUUUGAGACACUCUGCACUGUCCGGACGUGGAUUCUCACAGUGGGUUACACCACUGCGUUCGGGGCGAUGUUUGCAAAGACCUGGCGCGUCCACGCGAUUUUCAAAAAUGUGAAAAUGAAGAAAAAGAUCAUUAAGGACCAAAAACUGCUUGUGAUCGUUGGCGGGAUGCUAUUGAUUGAUCUUUGCAUAUUGAUUUGCUGGCAGGUUGUGGAUCCUUUGAGGAGGACAGUGGAAGCCUACAACAUGGAGCCGGACCCCGCCGGGAGAGAUAUUUCCAUCCGGCCCAUUCUGGAGCACUGCGAGAACACCCACAUGACCAUCUGGCUUGGCAUCGUCUAUGCCUACAAAGGGCUUCUCAUGCUGUUCGGUUGCUUCUUAGCGUGGGAGACGAGAAACGUGAGCAUCCCCGCCCUCAACGACAGCAAGUAUAUCGGGAUGAGCGUGUACAACGUGGGGAUCAUGUGCAUCAUCGGGGCGGCCGUAUCCUUCCUCACCAGGGAUCAGCCCAACGUUCAGUUCUGCAUCGUGGCCCUGGUCAUUAUUUUCUGCAGUACAAUUACCCUCUGCCUCGUCUUCGUGCCGAAGCUCAUCACGCUGAGGACGAACCCGGAUGCAGCCACCCAGAACCGGCGCUUCCAGUUCACUCAGAACCAGAAGAAAGAAGACUCCAAAACAUCGACGUCCGUCACCAGCGUCAACCAAGCCAGCACAUCUCGCCUCGAAGGGCUCCAGUCGGAAAACCAUCGCCUCAGAAUGAAAAUCACAGAGCUGGAUAAGGAUUUAGAAGAAGUGACCAUGCAGCUCCAGGACACCCCGGAAAAGACCACCUACAUAAAACAGAAUCACUACCAGGAUAUCAACGACAUCCUAAGCAUCCGAAGCGACGGUGAAAAGGCUGUCACGAAAAAUCACCUCAGUCAAAACCCCCCGCCUGAAUGGACUCCGAGCGAACCCUCGCGAACGAGCAAAGACCCCAUAGAAGACAUCAACUCUCCCGAACACAUCCAGCGACGGCUGUCUCUCCAGCUCCCCAUCCUGCACCACGCCUACCUGCCGUCCAUAGGCGGGGUGGAUGCCAGCUGCGUCAGCCCGUGCGUCAGCCCCAGUGCCAGUCCCCGGCACAGACCCGUGCCGCCAUCGUUCCGCGUGAUGGUUUCGGGCCUGUAGACCUGGGAAAGCCGAGCUUCCGGCGCCGGCUCCACCCUCCGGGGCCGGACCGCCCGGCCCAGGACUCUGCUCCAAGAACGAACAUUUUGCUCUUUCCACGGAGACCCAAGUGCUGAGGCUCCCCAUCAUAGCACUUCCAGGGCGGAGGUCACGAUCGAGGGACACGGUGCCCGGGACUCGCCUCCAGCCUGCCUCACAGAGGUUUCCCGUCUUCACCGGGAGGAGGACCGGAACGUACCUCUUCCCAAAUAGCCACUACCAACCAGAAACUGCAGACUCUCUGGGAUAGGAAUAAGGCCGCGCUAAAGUUACCGAGCUUUAUUACACGGACUCAUAGGUUUCAGAAAACACGGUGGUAGGAACUGCACACUAUUUAUCGACCUAGGCACGCUUCCUUUAGACAGGAGCGGUGUCGAACCAUCGGAGGUCUUCUCCUUCGGAUAGUCUAGCUUCCCCACUUUGGUUUGGACCCCGAGGCGAUGCCCGACGAGAGGACGGGAUAUUUGAGAUCCAAUCCCCCCCCACGCCCCGGCCUUGAGCAAAACCCAGAUUCCCUCUCACCGCAAACCAUCCGGGGAAUGGCUAGUUGUGCUGGUUCUCUCUGUCCCUCCCCCUCUCCACCCCCAGCCCCACUCCAUCCCAGAAGACGACACGGGGCCCGGGACCGAGCUCCGGUACCGACUCGAAACCUGAAACUAAACCAACUGGCGUCUAGAACCGGACCCUCCGGAGGGCUCCCGGAUGGAGAAGCCGGGGGCUUUGAGGAGCGAAAGGCCCAACGAGGCACCAGGCGGGCCGCUUGUCGAUUGUCUUUUUCAGGUGCCACAUCGAUAACGAUAAAGCGCAUUUUUCGGACUCCGGGGGGCUUAGGGCACGGUAGCCCGCGGAGAGAUUCCGCGGCGUUCACGGAUGGUCUGUUAUUCACCGCUUCGGCUUCGUACUUCUGUGUGUUUUAGUUGGGCCGGGAAAACCACGGGUAUCGGCCGAGUCUCCCUCCAGGACUUCCAUUCCAAUCCUGGAGAAGAAGGAGCGGGGUGACCUUUUUUCCAAAUCCCGGAAGGGCUGUGGAACCGGCCCCCGGGUCUUCACCGACCCGAGCAGGCUUUACAGGAGUCGGUUCAGAGAUGUCGCUUGAGGCCGGCCGAGAUCCUAAGUAGGAGAAAGCUUUGUUCAGGGUCUCGCCUAGAGGACGAGGGUGACGCUUGUGAACGAAAUUCAGUUGGAUUCUGUUUCGGGAGCGUCGGAGAGACCAGAUUCCCUCCACUCGCAUCUAAUGGCGGAGAGGAGCUGAGGUCCUUGGGGUCUUUCCCGUGGCCGGCUCCCUCUUGGCGAGCCUCUGAACGUCCCCUGGUAGGUCAGUCGUGGGCUGGAGAAAUGGUUCAAGCCACACCAAUGCUUUGCUCGUGGACGGAAGACGACAACGGCAGCUUCAACAGGCGGGCAAUAACCUUUACCCUGAGCUAGAGCCGGCAGACGCCCGUGUCGACCAUCCUGGGAAUGAAACCCAUUUGAAUCUUCCGAACGGAGCAACCGAAAGUAUAUUCCAGAGGGGUGAUGGAGGCUCUGUAGCUUUUCCAUUAAAAAAAAAAAAAAAGCGGCCACCGCAGUGUAAGUUUAUUUCAGGGAGAGCGGAAACCAUUCCUCGGUUUGAGCACUAAAGACUAUGGCCGAAUUGUACUUUCCAAGCGCUUAGUCCAGUGCUCUGCACACAGUAAGCGCUCAGUAAAUUCGACUGAAUGAGUACUGUCCCUCACUGCGUGUUUCCAAUAAUCAAUGCUUUCUGAAUCUCAACGAGGCCAGAUUUGGUGUCGCAGCGAAAAGGACAAUUGUACAUAAUGUAUACACAGGAAAUCUCUGUAGAAAUAUUAUUCCAACAUAGCAGGAACAAACAAAAAUUCAAAAGUAUUGGACCGUUGGAGGUGACUGUGCGUGUGCGCGCGCGGGCGUGUGUGUGUCUGUGACUCUUUGUGACUAACGACUGUGUGCAAUCUGUUAGGUUUCAACCAUGCAGUACCUUCUCUGUCUUAAUGGAUCUGUAGUUUCUCCCUUUUUCCUUUCUCGACCUCCCGCAGGUACCAAGAUGCACUGAAGUGACUAGCUAGCGAACGGUUCUGUCCUUUCCUUCUGCAGCACAAUGUACUGUAACCCGGUGGGGAGGUUGUGCCCACGGCGUUUCCCAAGGGCAGCGACGCACAAACGCUUACACUAGGGCUGGAACCACUGGGCUCCCCGAAGUGAAGACUUUCGUUGUCCCCGUACACUGCAUGAUACCGAUUUUUAAGAAAUCGUCGCGGAUUUGUUUUUACGAAUAAAAUCCUGAAAACCGAA